AACAAAUUUUACAUGCUUUGCAAUGGAAAAUGCAUGCAACGCUUAAAUGAUUUUUUUUUGUUUUGUGUUUUUGUAAAAGUGCGGAAUAACACGGGCGUUUGUUAUUAUAUCGGAGCAUGUAUUACUCUCAUUUCUUGUUUGUACGUGUAGAUAUUCAUCUUUUGAACUGUUUAAAAGCCGCAAUUAUUUCCUAAAAACAAAAAGAAAAAUGGCAGCGCCUUGUAUUAAUUUUAACAGUAAAUACUGUACAAUACACUGUGUUGUUGUGAUUUUAUGGGAUAUUUCGUCCGCAUUUGCCUAUCUAAAGCCGUGACUGUUAUCAUGUCGGUGAAGAUAAAAGUGUUAUAAGGGUCUUUGGCCCUAUAAACUCACUGGUAGAUAAUUGUAACGGAUCAAGAUGCGCAGUCGUCUAAAUAUCGGCAUUUUAAUUUUUAGUUUCGGGUUAUUUGUGGUAUUAUUUCUCAGCACGAGACGAUCAGCAGACCAGGUGGUUUGCCCGGUACAGGUAUUCGAAGAGCCGGUGUAUCACGUGCCAAUUUAUUUACGGGAUGUUAAAGAGGAAAGUGACAAACAUUAUAUUGUGCUUCAGAAAACUCUAAAAGAUGACAGAAAUCUAUUGUCAAAGGAAUUAAAUAACCAGCGUCGAAAAAUUGGCCAGCAAGAUUGUGAGAAUGAGAUUAACAAAGAAACGAACGCUGCCGGCGGAUGGUGCAAGACCUCAAGUAUGGAAGAUGGCGGCCAACACAUGACAGAUUUGCCGUUAGCCAGAGGCCUUUCAGAAUUCUUAAAGAAUAAAACGGUUGGAAGUUUCGGCGAUGGGCCUGGGGCGUACAAAAGGGAAAUUUUAAAAAUGGAACAAGUGAAACUCUAUGAUGCUUACGACGGCGCGCCAUUUUGUGAAGAAACAAGCAAAGGUAUGGUGAAGUUUAUGGAUUUAACAGUUCCACAGUAUGGGAUACCAAUGUAUGACUGGAUUUUAUCGCUGGAGGUCGCAGAACAUAUCCCUAAAGAAUACGAGCCAGUGUAUAUUGACAAUCUUGUUCGACAUAGUAAAGAAGGAAUUAUAAUGAGUUGGGCUGUACCAGGUCAGGGUGGCUUGGCACAUAUUAACAAUAGACCCUUUUCCUACGUGGCUAAUUUAUUGAAGUUUCAUGGCUUUAGACAUGACAAUGUAACUUCCGAAAAGUUAAAAUUGAAAUCAUCAUUCCAGUGGUUGAGAGAUAAUGUAAAUGUGUUUAGAAGAAUAGAGGCCAAUGCAUCAUAUAUUGAAUUCCUUUCAGAAUGGUACACGUGAAAAAAAGGUUUACUGUAGAUGGUACAGAAAAGAGGUGAACUUUGUUAAAGAUGCAUGCCUCCAGAUGAGUCAAAAUAUUUCAAUAAAAUCAAACUUGAGAAAUAUGUACUACGAUUUUAGGAAACGUAAAAUGAUUCAAGAUUCAAGUAAUAUUUUACAUGUUAUGUGCGGUCAAUGACUGAUAUUUUAAUAUUUACAACUAUAUUUCUACUGCGUUACUAACGCAGUAAGGGCUAUUUAUGCAUAUUUUGACCAGUUUUUGGUAAUUAACAUGGCUUGUAAGUGCCAUGGACAAUGUGUAAAUGGCUUAAUUUUGGUUAUAUCACAAUAUUAUACAUUCAAAUACAAUUUUCAAAUUUUUUAUGAAAAUUAGCAUGAAUCUGGAGGCGUGCUAACCUAACUUUAAAAUUGUAUUUGAAUUAUAUUGGAUAUAAGUCACAGUUCACAUGUGAGGUACCGUUCGAUAUCUUGAUAUCUUUUAAUUCUGCAGUUCGUCUAGUAUAUAAGGCACAAGGCGUUGGAUCGAUGCCCAUGUAUUUUUAUUUGCAUUUUUAAAGGAUGGCGGUGAAAUCGAUAUUCUUUAGAAAGCCUUUUUUAGUCAGGCUCGGCCUUUUUCUGCAUAGAUAGUCUGUUGUUUUUAUUAUUAUUUAUUUGAGUGUUUGCUACUGUACAUGUACCACUUGUAUGUGAGAGAAAACGGAAAAAUUGCUUGACAUUGCUAAAAAUAUAUUCAAUUUCAAAAUCAGCUUGCAUUUUAAUUACUCACAACCUUGCUUGCAUAUAUGUUUAGAAUUGUUUGUAAUUUGACCCAUUAUGCCUGAAAAAAGUUUAUAUUUUUAUUUCUCCAAAGCUUUUUGAUGUUGGUGUACUUUUAUAAUAUCUAGAAUUGAAAAAAGUUACUCAUUGGCCAAUUACCUGAACCAUCUUUUUUGUGUCGCCUCUACGGAGUAGUGGCGACAUAUAGGGAUCACUUCUCCGUCGUCUGUCCGUCCGUCCGUCCGUCCGUCACAAAACUUGUCCGGACUACUCCUCAUAAACUACCGGUGCAAUUUCAUCCAAACUUUACAGGAAUAAUCAGUACCAAGUGUAGUUGUGCAUAUUGUCAGCAUUUUCCGGUUCAAUGAUUUUUGUCGGAGUUAUGGCCCUUUAAUAAUUUUUAUUUUUAAAGUUUAUCCGGACUACUUCUCUUAUACCACUAAUGCAAUUUCAAUGAAACUUUACAGGAUUGAUCUGUAGCUCAAGUCCUUGCGCAUAUUGCACGGGUUUUCCGGUUGAAUGAUUUUUGGCGAGUUAUGGCCCUUUGAUAAAAGGUGUUUUUUUUCUGUGUGUUGCCUGAUACACAAAAGCUUGUCCGGACUACUCCUCAUAAACUACUGGUGAAAUUUUAUCCAAACUUUACAGGAAUGAUCAGUACCAAGUCUAGUUGUGCACUGUCCGUCUGUCUGUCACAAAACUUGUCCCAACAUGAAUUGGCCAUCAUGAGGCGACACAUGUGAUCACUGAUCGCUCUUGUAAUUACUCACAGAAUUGUUUGGAAUUUGACCCAUUAUGCCUCAGAAAAUCUUUUAUAUCUUGUUCUCAAAAGCUUUUUAAUUUUGGUGUACUUUUAUAGUAUUUAGAAUUGAAAAAGUUACUCAUUGGCCAAUUACCUGAACCAUCUUUUUUAGCUCACCUGAGCUAGCUCAGGGUGAUCUUUUAGGAUCGUUGAAUGUCCGUCGUCCGUCGUCCGUCCACACUUGUUCGUUAACACUCUAGUGGUCACAUUUUUGCCUCAAUCAUCAUCAAACUUUGUCCGGAUGCUUGUCUAGGUGAUAGCUCGGAUAAGUUCGAACAUGAGUCAUCUCGGAUGAAAAACUAGGUCACCGGAGCUAAAAAUAAAAAAACCUUGUUAACACUCUAGUGGUCACAUUUUUGCCUCAAUCAUCAUCAAACUUGGUCAGGAUGCUUGUCUAUGUCAUUGCUCAGAUAAGUUCGAACAUGGGUCAUCUCGAAUGAAAAACAAGGUCACCUGAGCUAAAAAUAGAAAAAUCUUAUUAACACUCUAGUGGCUACUGUUUUGAUCCAAAUAUCCUUUUAAAUUGGUCUGAAAGUUUGUUUUGAUGAUUUCUUGGUCAAGUUCGAGUAUGGGUCACCUGGGUAAAAAACUAGGUCACACUGCUCAAAUAUGGGUAAUCCUUGUUAACACUAUAGUGGUCACAUUUUUGACUCACCUGUCAUGAAACUUGGUCAGAAUGCUUAUCUAGGUAAUUGUUCGGAUGAGUUCGAUGGGUCAGGUGAGCGAUCUAGGGCCAUCAUGGCCCUUUUGUUUUCAUUUGUUGCUAUUUUUGGCAAUAAGUACAGUCAUCGUGAAUUAGUAUUUGUUUGCUACUUUCAUGACAAAUUAUUUUACAUUUAUCGCUACAUUCUUCAUGUAACAACUAUCUAACAUUCUCUGAAACGAUUAUUUAAACAUUAUGAAAUUCAUGUUUGCCCUUUCGAAAGAAGUAAAACAUUCUUUAUUUCUCAGGCAUAAUGUGCCUUUAAACGUUCAACGUUCCAUCAGAAACAAAAUAAAGCAUAUAUAACUUUAA